GCAACAUCAGUGAAUGCUGAGUUUCGUUUCUUGUUAGUGGUGAAGAGGAGUGAUGAAAACACACGGAGGUUAUUAGGGCUGUUCAUCAUACAGAGUUGUCCUCUAUCAGCCAUCCAGGCAUGUGUGUGUUCAGCAACACAUUGAUCAUGACACCUGUGCUGGGCAUUGCCCUUCUGAUUUUGGUCCUAUCAGGGCCCACAGUGGCCUUUGUCCCCAUGGGGGUUGGGACGUCCACUCAUGUCAGCAUUACAGGAACGGCUGUAUUGCAAGAAGUGACGGAGACAUGCCGGGCGGUGGCCGAUGAGGCCGGUCUUGACUUCGAACCCACGGGUUCGUCUCCUGAAGAGCUGGCCCAGGCCUGUCUAGGUCUCACAGCAACAGGAGAAGUGUCCGGGGCCAAGUUUCACUCUGCUCUUCAAGAGAUCUACACCCAGAACAGCCUGGUGGACCGCGACUUUGUCUACAGUGCUCCACACCACUUCAACUCAGAGACCUUUCUGGAGGGACGUGGCCUGAUCAUGCAGGGUAUGGGAGCCAUUAAGGCUGCCAUUCGCAUGGAGAACUUCCAGGCUGCCAGGGAAACACUGGGUAGAGUUCUUCAUACACUACAGGACUUCUACAGCCACAGUAACUGGGUUGAGCUGGGACACACAGAGCCAUACAUCAACCUUAUACGCCCGGACCUUCCUCUGGAUAAUCUGGCAGAUAUCAACACUGCCACCUGCAGUGACUGUGCCAGUGGAACAUGCCCCAAUUCCAACUUCCCCAACAUCUUGAAGGAGAAGAAACUCACAUCAGGAUACAUGGGACUCUUCUCUGCUGCCAAGCCCAAAGGUAAGUGUAGCCACGGAGGUGCAGCUGACCUGACGAGCACAGCAGAUCCUCGCGGAGGCAUCAGCAAAGAUGAGCGCCGCUCGGACAACGUGGCCCUCCACAACGCUGCUGUGACUGCAGCCACGGCCGCCAGCCUCCAGCUGCUGCAGGACAUCCGGUUAGCUGUCGGGGACAAUGACUUUCUAAGAAUGAUGGGGAUCGCCCGUUCAUCCCUGUGCUUUGUUAUUGACACCACUGGCAGUAUGUCAAAUGAAAUUGGUCAGGCUAGGGAGGUUGUUUACGAAAUCAUUGACAGCUUCAAAGGAACGCAAGAAGAGCCAUCCGAGUACAUUCUGGUGCCCUUCAAUGAUCCCGAUUUUGGACCUAUGAUGAGGACAACAGACCCCGAUAAAAUUAAAAGUGAAAUCUCUAAGCUCACAGCGAACGGAGGCGGUGAUAUCCCUGAGAUGUGCCUAUCAGGACUUCAGUUGGCUCUCACCAGCGCCCAUGCCUACUCCCGUAUCUUUGUUUUCACUGAUGCUGUACCAAAAGACAUUGUACUCAAGGACACUAUUGAUGCUCUCAUCAUGAGCUCCAAGUCAGAGGUGUCAUUCUUUGUGACCGGGGCCAGUGGUAGGCGCCGUCGUUCCCUCAGAUCUGGCUCCUUUGAAGACUACGAGGACCUGGCUUUGGCCUCUGGAGGCCAGGUCAUCCAGGUGACUAAGAAACAGCUGUCUAAGGUCAUAGACGUCAUCCUCGACACCUCCUCUUCAGCUCUGGUGACAGUUCUUCAGCGAGCAAGGAACCCUGGGAAGCAGGAGACCUUCCCCUUCAUGUUUGAUGAAUCGCUGAAAAAUAUCAUCAUCUACAUCACAGGGAAAACCAUUACUUUCACACUGACCAACCCUGCGGGCGUGAGCCAGAACCACAAUGAGGCCAGCGGUAAACUGGGGACCAUUCAGACAGUGGGCAACCUGUGGAGAAUUCGUCUCCAGUCUGACAACCAGACAGGAACCUGGCAGAUCAACAUCCAAUCCGGCCAACCAUACACACUUAAAGUCACAGGCCAGAGUACUAUUACCUUUAUCUAUGACUUUGUGGAAAGCUUCGGGGGACCUCACCCAGGUUAUGCGGUGCUCAGUGGGCGUCCACAAGCAGGCCAGCCCGCCACUCUCAUGCUCACAGUGAUGGGUAGGAAAGGUCCGUCCUCCAUGACCAUAGGAGAUGUUGCCCUGGUAACUGUGUCUGGUCCUGAGACUGUCAGAAAUAGCACAACAACUGACAUGGGCAACGGAGACAUCCUGGUGACUGUUGAUGCCGUCCCUGAGGGGGAGUUUGUGAUCAUGCUGAAAGGAACGGACAAAGUUUCAGACAGUGAAUUCCAGAGGCAGUCGACCACCCAGAUGUCGGUCUCCAAUGUGAAUAUCCAGGCUGUGGUAGACAGCAGUGUGGAGCCAGGAGAGGCCUUCAAGCUCCCCUUCAGUGUCAUGACUCAGGGCUCUGGUGGUCAAUACUCCAUCGGCGCCAGAAAUGACAGAAGCUUCGACAUGUCCUACCCAGACACGCUCACCCUGACAACUGGACAGUAUGCUAAUGCUACUAUGAUUAUUACGCCACCUGCCGACACACCAUCAGGCACCGAUGUCACUCUGACUUUGGAAGCCAAAUCGUCCAGUGGCGGUGUUGACUCCAAUUAUGUCGUUUUGAGAUUCUCUGUUGUCACCAAGAUUACAGAUUUUAUCCAGCCUUUGUGUGAAGUGGUUAAUGUGCUGGCUGAUGAUUGCCCUCAAGAUGUGUCUCAGUGUGGACCUUUCCAGUGGGAGCUCACGGCCAACCUUACCGACGGAAACGGCACCGGGAUAGAACGCGUAUCCCUGAGCCAGGGCAGCGGAAACCUCACAACCACCUCCCUGAGUGAUCCAAUUAUUCAGGCCAACUACACAUCCUCCUGCUGCUCGCAGAUUGUCGAGUUUGUAGCUGUAGAUGAAGUUGGAAAUGUGGGCAAGUGCUAUCACUCCAUCGUACGUUCGGCUGGCCCUCCUGCUUUAACCCUGUCGCUGCCACUGUGGUUGCGCCUGCUGGUAUCUGCACUUGUAACAAGGUUUUGAAGGGCUUAGGUUGGGUUGUCUGUACUCUGCAUCAGGUAUUGGAUACACCGUCUACCACUCUUAAUUAUUUUAAAUAAACUUCCUACUGAUGAUGAUCAUAUCGUGCUCAGAUAUCCUGCUGAAAAAAAAUAUGAGCACUGGUGAAAGAAAUUGUUUUGCCAGGAUAAUCUUUAAAGAUAUUUUUUUUCCUGUGUGAAAACAAGUGAAAAAAAACCUAAUUUUAGGCUGAUUUUUCUAAAUUUCUUUUUUUUCUUUGCCUCUUGGUGAAAACAUUUGGAAGAAUUGUUUUUUAUUUUAGGCUGAUUUAUCCACCUUUUUCACAGAAAAAAAAAUGAACUUAGAAAGAUUAUCCUGGUAAACCAUUUUCUUUUCACCUGUUCUUUUGCAUGACUGCACUUACUGUAUCUGUGUGUUUAUGUAUAAAGGCCUGACUAUUUUUGUGUUCGGGGCUCACUUGCCACAGCCCACUCAGGUGGCUGUGCUCGUUAAUCCAUCUGCAGAUGCUUUUCUUAUUAAAUUUACUUGCAAGACAA